AGCGUACAGGGUACAGAAGCGCAGGGAAUUUCUUGAUGCUGAGAUCUCGCCUCUUCGCCGCGAGUCUGCCGUCAACAGAAUCCCCCUUUCGCCGCUUCUUUUUUGAAAUGUGCUUGUGCGUGCGAGGCGGAGGGAGAAAAUGUGUGAGUGCGUGCGAGGGUGAAUGUGUGGGAAAAGAAGAGAAAAAGGAAUUGUUCAGCGUAACCGAAAUGUGCGGACACACUGCUUUCGCGAAAACACAGCAAACGAGGGGUGCUUAAGUGCAUUUUAAAAAGGAAUACCGAAUUUUAAAAAGCAACACCAGACAGGGAAAGAGAAUUUCUGCAAGUGCAGCGACAGUGACUCUUGAUUUUCUGCGAAGAUUAUCGGCGCGCGUCAACCCUCGAACAACAGUUCAUAUUACAACACUCCAAAGGAUAAACUGAUCACAGUAUUUUCAAUUUCUUAUGGCAAAGAAUUGGUUGGAAUUCUGAAAACGGCGACAAAAAACAAUCGCAUGGUGCCAAAAUAAGUGGAUGCGUCUCUCUCUCUCGAGUGCGGGAACAGUGAAUCCAUUUUAGAACUUUCUGACCGCCGAGAGAAAUGCUGAGCUGAAACGCACAUUGCAGAUAUUUUCCCCCUUCAUCGCUAGCAUCAGUACAUCUGGAAUAGUUGUGGCGAAGUGGAUGAGUUUCCUGAUGAGAGAUCCAGUUAUUCCGGGAACAAGUAUGGCAUACCACCCGUUUUUACCUCACCGGGGUACGGACUUUGCCAUGAGCGCAAUGCUGGGUCACCAGCCUCCCUUCUUCCCGGCCUUGGCUCUGCCGCCGAACGGCUCGCUUUCUCUCCCGGGUGCGCUCGGGAAGCCCAUCAUGGAUCAGCUGAUGGGCGCAGCUGAAACCGGCCUCCACUUCUCGCUGGGACACCAGGCUGCCGCUGCCCACCUCAGGCCUCUGAAAACAUUGGAACCCGAAGAGGAGGUUGAGGAUGACCCCAAAGUUCACCUAGAAGCGAAGGAACUGUGGGAUCUGUUCCACAAGCGCGGCACUGAAAUGGUUAUUACUAAAUCAGGAAGACGAAUGUUUCCUCCGUUUAAAGUAAGAUGUACCGGCUUGGACAAGAAAGCCAAGUACAUUUUGCUGAUGGAUAUUGUUGCGGCCGACGACUGCAGGUAUAAAUUUCAUAACUCGCGGUGGAUGGUGGCAGGGAAGGCCGACCCCGAAAUGCCAAAGAGGAUGUACAUUCACCCGGACAGCCCGGCCACAGGCGAACAGUGGAUGUCGAAAGUUGUCAAUUUUCACAAACUCAAAUUGACCAAUAACAUCUCCGACAAGCAUGGAUUUACGAUUUUGAACUCCAUGCACAAAUACCAGCCAAGAUUUCACAUCGUCAGAGCCAACGAUAUCCUCAAGCUUCCGUACAGUACCUUCAGGACCUACGUUUUUCCCGAAACCGACUUCAUUGCUGUAACAGCGUACCAAAAUGACAAGAUCACACAGCUUAAAAUUGACCACAACCCUUUCGCAAAGGGAUUCCGUGACACGGGAAAUGGCAGGAGAGAAAAGAGUGCCCCUCGUUUGCACAGGAAACAGUUGGCCCUGCAGUCCAUGAGGUCCUACGAGGAUCCGCAGAAGAAAGACAACGGGGCGUCCGAGGACUCCUCGGGGGAACAGGCCCCCUUCAAGUGCUUCGGCCGCGCCUCGUCUCCUGCGGCGACCACUCUGGCCCCGCCGAACUUGAAAGAUUUCUGCGAGAGCGAUGAGGACAGUGACGAUGAAAGCAAAGACGGGAAUCCACAGGAGGCCCAGGAGUCCAGCAAGAUCUCCACCACCACCACCAUCAGCCCCGAGGAUGCCAGGGACCACGGGGGCGGCCCCACCAAAGAGCCCGCGCCCGCUAACGGCGACCUAGCGAGGAGGGUGCGGGAGGACUCCGCAGGGGCCGUCAAGAGCCCCGCCGACUCCCGGCAAAGCCCGCUGACCCUCAUCUCCAGCACCACGCGGUCCGGGGACGAGCCCAAGAGCCCGUCCCACGACCCCCCCAAAGCAGGCGAGUGCAGGUCCACCAGCAAGGAGAACUACGCCCCCCUGACCGUUCAGACGGACGGCGGCGCCCACCUGAGCCAGGGCCACUUGCAUAAUUUCGGAUUUCCUCCGGGCCUGGCGGGACAGCAGUUCUUUAACCACCUGGGCGGCACCCACCCCUUUCUCCUCCACCCCGGCCAGUUUGGGAUGGGGGGCGCCUUCUCCAGCAUGGCGGCGGCGGGCAUGGCUCCCCUGCUGGCCGCCGUGUCGUCCGGAGGGGUCAGCACCAUGGACACGGCCUCCAUCUCGUCCCCGCAGCAGAGCCUGGCGGCCGCUCCGGGACUGCCCUUUCACCUUCAGCAGCAUAUGCUGGCAUCUCAGGGUCUCGCGAUGUCUCCGUUUGGAAGCCUUUUCCCGUAUCCUUACACCUACAUGGCGGCUGCAGCAGCCGCUUCGUCUGCUGCCUCGUCCUCGGUUCACCGCCACCCGUUUCUGAACGCUGUGCGCCCCCGUCUCAGGUACAGCCCGUACUCUAUCCCGAUGAGUGUGCCGGACAGCAAUUUGUUAACUACGGCCCUCCCAUCGAUGACCAGCAGCGGCGUCGAGCUGAAGGGCAAUGCCAUGGCAACGAGUCCGAUUUCGGCAGCACUGGACUCCACUUCGGAGGUCAACAGCAGGUCUUCGACUCUGUCGUCGCGCUCGGUGUCCCUGUCACCAAAAACGUGCUCUGAAAAGGAUCCCAGUAAUGAACUGCAGAGCAUCCAGCGCCUUGUCAGCGGAUUGGAUUCAAAACACGACAGGCCUCGAAGUCUGUCGCCCUAGACCUCGGCGUGACAGAGAAAAGAAAAUUCAUUUUAACAAUCCUGAUACGUUUCUAGCGAAUGCGGGUUUGGAUUACAGACGCACCGAACCAUUUAGAUUUUGAAAUGCACUUUGUUUAAAUAAAGAAUUGAUAUGUAUAUUUCUCCCGUGUUAACGUACACAAGAGUUUUGAACUUUACUGUCAUACCAUACAAGUAUUGAAACUGAAAGGUUGGUUAGUUGCUGCUAUGUCCCAUAGGCCUAUAUAGUUUCUAUAUGUUUAUUUGAGAGGGUAUCGAAGCGGACUUCGUUUAAAUCUCUGGAUUGGUUGUAAUAGUUUAUAUUAAUAUCCCUCAAUCGUAUAGGCCUGGAGAAUGCUGUGUGUGACAUUAAGUAAAUCUCUUUAAAGCCUAUGGUCAUGUUCGGCGCGGUGGAAAUGAGAGUUUGCAUGUCUCACACUUGGUUAUAAAUGUCUUGUUUGAGACUGCCAAUCGGUUAUUGUAUUUUAAGAAGACCAAAACAAAAUCAGAUGAAUUCAGUAACAGUGUGUGUUGGCACCAUUACAAAACAUGGCGGGGACAUUAUUUUCUUCUCUCCCCUGUGUUUACGAUUUAAAUCAUUGUAACUGUAUUAAAUGGGAAAAGGGAAGUAUAAAAGGAAAAGCAACUGAAAUGGAA